AUGGUGGGAGCAUUAUUUCAGCCAAUCAAUCAAGUGAAGUUUACAAAUGUUGCUAUAGUGAAAUAUAAAUAUAAAGGGAAAAAGUUUGAAAUAGCUUGUUACAAAAAUAAAAUUAUUGAUUGGAAAAAUGGAACGGAAUUAAAUAUAGAUGAUGUUCUUCAGUCUCAUUUAAUUUUUACCAAUAUAUCCAAAGGGGAAAUAGCUAAAAAGUCAGAAUUAAAUUCUUGUUUUCAAUCAGACGACAAUUAUAAAAUAUGUAAAACCAUUUUGGAGAAAGGCACCCUACAAAUAAGUAACAAAGAAAGAGCCAUACUAAAAGAAAAAAUUUACAAGGAUAUGAUUGAAAUAUUACAUGAAAUGAGUGUAAACCCUCAGACGGGCUACCCUAUUUCAACAAAUAUGAUUGAAAGUAUGGUUAAAAAUAUUGGAUAUAGCAUAAAUAUUGAUGACAGCGCAAAAAAACAAGCACUAAAAGUGUUUGACACCUUAAGUAAAGAAUAUGAUGAUAUAAUUCAAAGAGCCUUUAUGCGGAUUCAAAUAAUAUACGACGAUAUAAUAAAAGACGAAUUAAUAAAUCUUUUAAAUACGAAUAAUGUCAUUAUUGAAGAGGAAAAUAUUAUGAAUAAUAUGAAAAGAGAAGAUAAUGUAAAAUCGAAGGAUAAUGAAACAGAUAGCUAUUAUAAUAAUAAUUUAAAUGAUGAAAAAGAUGAUCAUAUAAAUGUUGUAGAUAGUAAUUUAGAAUUUAAAGAAAAUAAUAAAUCAGAUAACACAAAUACUAUUCAUAAUGUAAUACAUUCUGAUAUUAAAUUACAAGAUAUUGUUGAGGAAAAUAAUCAUAUAACAAUGUAUUAUGAAACAUAUGUGAACGAAGAAAUUCAAAUAAAUUACAUAAAAGAUAGAGAAAAUGAAUCUAUGCCUCAUAAAAUAAAUGAUAAUGUAAAUGAUAGUGUGUCUAGUAGUAUGAAUAAUAAUACACAUAAUAGUUUAGACGAUAAUAAUAUAUCUAAUGAGGACAAAAUAAAAAAAACUAUUGAGAGUAAUAAUAAUAUUGUGGAAGAAAAACAUCGAAAAAGUGAAAAAAACGAAAAAGAUGAUACAUCACUUGACCACAUGAGUGAUCGUUAUAAAAUAAGUGGAAAAAAAAAAAACAAAUCUGAAAAAGAAAAGGAAAAGGAAAAGGAAAAAGAAAAAAAAGACAGACACAUAGAAACAUAUAAAACUGUAUUUUUAUGUUAUCCAUGUGUAUAUAGAUCUAUUGAAGAUUUUACAAAAUCACAUAAAAAAAAUUGCUCCAAUAAAAUUUUAAAUAAUAAUGUAAAAAUUGUCACAUCAAACAAAAAAAAAGAAACUAAUGUCAAUAGAGAUACGGAAACUCAAUCUUGUGAGAACAAAAAUAAUGAUGAUAAGAAUAAAAAUAAAAAAAACAAAAAAAAUAAAAAUAACAAAAAUAGUAAAAACAAUAAAAAUAAUAAUGAUGAUGAUAAUAGUAUGACGAAUGAAAUGAGUGAAGAAGAUAACAUUAAAAGUAGUAAUAAGAAAGAUAGAAAAAAUAAAAGUAAAAAUAAAAAGGAUCAAAUAAAUGAUCAAAGUAUACUAAAUACUAAAGAUGAUUUAAAAAAUAAUAAUAAAUUUAAUUAUGAGGAAAAUCAAAAUAAAAAUUAUAUUUGUAAUAAUGAUAAUAUAAGCAAUUGUCAAAAGGAAUUAAAUAGUAACAAUAAUAACAAAUUAAAUUCAGUUGAUGUUAUAAUGUGCACUAGUUGUUUAACCAAAAUCGAAAAAAGUAAUUAUAAAUUACAUUGCAGAAGCGAUUUUCAUGUAUAUAAUGUCAAGAGAAAGUAUAAAAAAUUACCACCCAUUUCGUUAGAAGAAUAUCGAGAAAUAGAUUUUGACGUCUCUCAUUUUCAUGUUGAUAUGUGA